CUUUCAACACCGGGUCAUCAUCACACAUGGACAGGCUGCGGACGUUUCUGGUCAUUCUCCUAGGAGUUGUUUCCUGCAGUCAGGAUUGGAUCUCUGGAUCAGUGUUGGAGAUGACAGUCAGACCAGGAGACAACAUCACUCUCUACUGUGACUGCAAAACAUCAUCUGGAGUACACAUAGUGUGGUACAGGAACUGCUCUCAUGAGAACCAGCCUUCUCUUGUCCUAAAACAAACUCCUGAUUCAUGGAGUCAAAGCAGGGAUGCUACAGGCUUUCUGAAUCUCCCCCCUCGUUUCCACUUUGUGUGGAACAAUUCCUCUAAAUCCUAUGACCUGCUGAUCCUGAACAUCACUGACUCUGAUGAGGGCCUCUACUUCUGUGGAACUGAACAGUUAAAGGUGGACGAUGAACAAUACAUUACUCACAGAUAUGAUUACAGAUAUGGCAACAUCACAAGGAUCAUAUUCAACUCCAGCGAGCCUCAACACCUGAUUACACAAGACUGUGGUGUCUGCUGGAUGCUGCUGUUCUGUCUGUGUCCAGCUUUUGCUGUUCUCUCCUCUCUCCUCUCAUCUCUUCUGGUUUAUCACCUCUGUCAGAAAACAGCUAAGAAACCUAAAGCUGAUAAGAAAAGACCUGACAGCAGAGGCCAAACAAGGGGGAAUAAGAAUGAAGAUCUGUGUUAUGCUGCCCUGGAAAUCCGUCAGACAUCACAGAGACCGAAGAAGAAGAAAACCCAGAGUUCUGACUUCAGCACCUAUUCUGCCAUCAAUACUAAUAGGAUGUAAAGGGGUCAUUUACAUCCUACAUAAGAAAUUGUAAAAUUAAUUCAUUAGAACUGAUAUUUCUGUAAUUUAGUUUCCCUUGCAAACCAGAGGAGCAAUCAAUGCCAUUCAUGACAUAUACAGUGUGAAAAUGUGUGGAAUACAGGCUUUUAUUUUUCUGAAGUUCAAAAGGCAAUGCUGUGUCUGAAAAGUUGAUAAUAAACUCUUUUCUCUGUGUCAAUUUUCCUCUAAGAAUAAAUGUACAUGUUAUGGUAUUUAGUAGUUCAUGAAGCCAUCAGUGCUACCAGUGUGUAAAGAGAAAAAAGAUAGAGUGGCAAACAAAAGGCAAAGAGAGGAUUUGAUUUGGAGUGUGCGUGUGUGUGUGGGUGUGUGUGUGUGUGUGUGUUUAAACUUCUUCCUUCAAGACGUUACAACACAAUACAGAGUGACAAUGAAGUUUACCUCAACCACAUUGUGUCGCCCAUGUGAUCAGGCCCACAGGAAACCCAUGCUGAAAAACAGCCCCUCAUGCAGGCGGACUGCAGUUGCAGAUUUGUGGUCUGUUGAAGGUGCAUGGCUUCACUAUGUUCACUGUUGAAAUUUUUGAAAACAAUCUAGUGAUGCAAACACAAGGCAUACUUUAACAACACACACACACACACAUUAUUUUACAGACAUCAGAGUAAAGUCCUGUGCCCUGUUUUCCAAACAUGGCAGGCUAACAUUACAUUAGCCAGCUAAAAUGAUCAUGUUAGUUCUUAUACAGCCAACUCGGUUCUUGUAGCUGUGCAGCUGGAGAAGUGAUUGGUUAAUCUUGGAUGAAGUUAUCUUAAAUAAUAGUGCACUUUUAUUUUGAAAUAAAGACAAUACAAGUAGAGUGUUGAGAGCGCUCAUACGAUGACUGGCUGAUUGCUGACCACAUGAUGUGACAUGAAUGACAGAGAAUCUUCACAGACAUAUUGGUGCGCAUUUUGGGAACACCAUUAGAAUGGUCCAGUAAUACAGGACAACCAGACAACUUGCAGAUUGUAGAAAUCACCUAUGCUUUAAGUUGAGUUGCUGACAACAUCCCUAACACCUUAUGCUUUGGAUCAGGGAGCUUAGCCAACUACAGAAGGAAGUCUUAGCCAGGGUUUACAUUUUGCCAAAGCAAAACAACAUUUGGCAGUGGUGGACUGUAUCAUUUGACACAGAGUCAGCCAUUAGAAAUAACAACUUACUAGAAACAGAGGCAGAACAACUCAGUGUGAAAGUCGUAGUUGCUCUUUCCAGCAGUGAUAUCACUGAGGGAGGACCAGAAUAUCACCUUCUUGCUGACUAAUUAAGGGAGUUGCACAGUUGUGCUCAAGCAGACUUACAGCAGAAUACCACUCCAAAGUGACCACACUACUCUGUGAUACAAAUACAGAUGAAACACUGAUGUGAGUUGCCACCAACACCUAUAAGAAAAAGGUCUUGGCUGCCUAUAACGGCUGGAGAAAAACAAUGAUCAGUCCCUUUAUCAUUGCCUUUACACAGAGAAGCCACCCCAUGCCUUCCCAAGAUACACAGGAAAGGGGCCAUUAUCAGGCCCAUUAUCAACAGCAUCAACCUGAGCUCCGUCAAUGAAACAACAUGUAGCCAUUCAAAAUCAAAAAUAUAAGCCAGAGAAGUGUGAGCCUUUACAGCUCAGCUCAGUAGACAGCAACAUCAAGUUCACAUGGGAAGACAUCAGAGACAAUAGACUGGCUUUCUCAGUCAGUGCAAUGCACAUCAAAGAGGACAAAAGCCAUGAUACUGCAGUUUACAGGAAACCCACUCACAACGAUCAGUAUUAACUUUAUGGCUCUCAUCAACAAAGAGAACACAAGCUGCGGUUAUCAGAACCCUUCACCACAGGGCCCAGACUGUGCCGACAACUACUGAGGUGAAUGAGGAAGAGAACAAACACCUUACGGAAGCUCUAAAAGCUUGUGGCUACCCAAACUGUACCUCUGUAAAAACAGCUACAAGAAAAUAGGCACAACAAGAUAAAGCAUCCCUGUGUUUUUCAAACUGAGGACCACACGGAGGCAAACGCUUGUCCACCAUCAAGACCAUACACCCAAACAUAAGCUAAGUAAUACACACAGUCCAAUGCAGAGAUAUUUGCACAGACCUACACAUUGGGAAGUCGAACCAACUGCUGAGCAAGAGCGUGGCCCGAUGCAGCUCAAUACUCAACAGUUGAGGACAACAAAUUAUUCAUACUUAUCAGGGCGGGAGACGGGGAUACAGGAGAGCUGAACAGGAGGCGCUGUGGGAGAGACUUGAGGCAAAGAUACCGCAAGAGGUCAAUUGGGCAAUUUGAGUCAGAAAUGGUACUCCUUCGCUGAGUCAAAGCUCAGUUGAAUCUGAACACACAGAAACAUAUUUUUAGAUUCAGUGUGACCUACACUUCUUGAGGUUAUUAUUAUUUCCAUUGUCUAUUGCAAAUAAACCAUAGGCUAUAAAUCAGCUUAGAAAUAAUAGAAAAAAGACACUCCUUAUAACUCCAAAACUUGCCUGAGAAUCAUCACAUUUUUAAGUUUUCUUAUUCAGUGAUAGUUGUCAAUGCAUCCAUGGGUACAUUGCAAAUAGGAACUAUAGGAACUUUUCCUCGACAAAAUGUUGAUUUAUCUCUUACUAUAGUCAUCUUUCCAUCUUUGCAG